AUGCCCUCUCGGUUCGUGUCCCUGACCGUGACGCCGGGCGUCGACUGCAAGGUCAUCCUGCCGCCCUGCUCCGCGCUCACCCUCUCGAACGCCGCGCUCGCCGCGCAGCCAAAGUCGGCGGCGUUUGGCCGCUGCGUGCUGGAGUGCGACCUCGCCACUCACUCUUUUGUGGUGUGCUCGCUGCUCACGACGGGCGUGCGGCAGGCCGCGCCCGAAAUCACGAUCACCAACGACCCAGACGAGCCCGCCUGGUUCUUCCUCAAAGCGAGCGGCCCGCACUCCUUCCACAGUCGCCUCGGUGGUGCCUCCGACAUGAUCGAGGUGCUGCUCCCGAGCGGCGACGAGGCGCUCGGCUUCGAAGCGCCGUCCGACGCCGACUCGGAGGAGUUCAUCGAGUACAUGCAGGCGCGCCAGGCGCGCAAGCCUCCGAGCCGAGCCGCGCCCACCAAAGCAGCAGCGAAGCCCUCGAGCAGAGGGCGAGGCGCGGCUGGCCGCCGGAGUUUCUCGCGCCCGGCUCUCGCGCUGCUGCCGAUGGCUCUGGCCCUCGGCCUCGUCUCAGCGUUGGCCCUGCUACCGCCCGUUGCUCCGUUCCCAAUGCCCGCCUCGUCGGCCAGCCGCCCGUUGCUCCGUUCCCGGCUCGGCGCCCGCACUGCCACGCAGCUCACCGCUGCUGCCGGCAGCGCGCCAUCGCCCACGCCGCCGCCCCCUCCAGCUUCGGUGGGGCGGCUGCGGCGGCUGAGCACGGCGUCGAAGGUCUCUGUCGCCUCCGUCCUCCUCUCCACCUUCCUCAACCUCCUCGGCUUCACGCUCACCUUGCCGGUCAACGUGGCGCUCCGCGAGCACUUUGAGUUGCAGAUGGGCGCCUCGUUCGGCUCGCUAUCGUCGGCGUACCCGCUCGGCACCUUCGGCGCCCUCUUCCUCUGGCCGCGCCUCUCCGACCGCGUCGGGCGGCGGCCCUCGUGGGCCAUCUACAGCCGCGCGCCCAUCUCCGUCUUCCUCGCCUGCCGAUUCCUCACCGGCUGCUGCGCCGGCGCGGGGCCGGCGCUGCUCGCGGACAUUGGGUGCGCCACCGGCCAACUGCCGCGCUUCAUGGCGUGGCGCGACGCGGCAACCAAGCUCGCCUUGCUCGCCGGCCCUCGCCUGGAGGGCAAGGCGGCGCCCGCCGAUGGGAUUGUCGCGUGCCCGCUCGGCACGCGGCUUGUUGCCGCCGUCGCCACCGUCUGCGCCGUUUCGGCGCUGUACAACUGCGGCUCGGCCACGUACGCCGCCUUCUUCGGCCCUCUGGCGCAGGACUUGCUGGGUCUCGGCAUCGGCGGCAUCGGCCGUGCGUACACGGCUCUCGCUUGCCUCUCCUUCGCAGUCUCCGCUGGCGGCUCUGCUCGCGUCCAGGGCACGAUCGGCACGGUCGCCACGUGCGCGCUCGGCCUCGCCGCGGUCGGCGCCUCUUUGCUGCUGAUGGGCGCCGCCACACUCGCGGCCGCCCCUCGCCCCUCGCUCGUCUUUUGGGCCGGCGCGGCGCUGUACCAGCUCGGCACGCCGCUCUACGCGCCAACCGUGCCUACCAUGCUGCUGCAGUGCGUGCCACGCCACCGGCGCGGCGCAGUCAUGGGGCUCGACGAAGCCAUCAACACGGCGCAGGUUGCAGCAUGCAGGUUGGUGCGGCUCUGCAGGUGUGUGCGCGUGUGAUCCGCGCGCAGAAGCGUACCCACUCAUUCCUCAGUACAGCCACCGAGAGAGGUUCGCCCUCUGCUCCAUCUGCUCACGGAUCCAGCCUCGCCCGGGCAGCAGCCUCCACGGCCGGCUCCGAUCUCCGGUGCGGGCGAGCCGGAGGAAGGUCUGCGAGGCGUUGCCGACGCCGCCAGGCCCCCUGGCGUUCCACGAGUCUCCCAGCAGGAUCGGGGUGAACCUCCCCGCCUCGUCCACCCACGGCACGACCGACGAGGGCUGUGAGUUGUACGUGGUCGCCGCAGAAUCGAGCGGGCGCAGCAGCGGCGCGAGGAGCGCGUGCAGCGGCGCCUCACCCCCGGGCACCGUGCCCAGCUCCUCCCACCCGCCCGCAGCGUCGAGCCGCCCACGGUGGCGCCAGAUCUGCAGCGGGUUUGGCAGGUACCAGGUCGCAUAGGAGCAGAGGCAGUACGUCGCGCCAUCUUCGUCCUCAAAGAGGGCCGGAGCCUCGCAGGGGCCGGGGAUGGCGGAGACGCGGCGCGUGACGUCGGUGUAGGAGGGGUUGAGGGCAGAGACGACCGUCUCCUCGUGGCCGUUCGUGUCCCGAACGAGGAAGGCCGCGUCAGAGGUGGGCGAGCGGUGCAGCUGCAGGUCGAAGGAGUGGAGCCCGCCUGGGCGCAGCGCAUGGAGAAACGCAAAGGGCCCGAGCGGGCUGUCCGAGGUGGCCACGCCGGCGUACCGAUAGGUGUAGGAGAAGGAGUCGAGGUGAAACCACAUCACGAACUUGGACGUCGCCCGGUUGUACAGCACCUUUGGCCGCUCGAGCACGUAAGGACCUGGCUCCGAGGACGGAAGGCUGACCGAGGUGUUGCGAAAGACGAUGCCGGCGCUCCGCCAGCGCGUCAUGUCGUCGCUCACGUAGCACGCGAUCCCUUCAUUGGUCCAACCCUCGUUGACUCCCACCGGGAAGCCAGGCGCAGAGAGCACCUUGGCAGCCUCCCCGUACCAGUAGAACCGGCCGUGUGAGCGAAGGAUGUGGCCUCCGAAUACCUCCAUCUUGCGACGGUCGGUGUCUUGCAGGAAGGGCCACUGGGACGCAGCAGCCUCGUCGUCGGAGAGGAGAGAUGCAGCUGAGGUAGCGAACCGCUGCGUCGCUCCACCAUCCAGGUGCUGCAGAGGGCCAUCGCCGCGGCUGGACGCCGUGCUCAGCGCGUAUGAUGCGAAGCGUGGCGGGGCAUGCGCGUCAAGGUAAGCGGUGGCAAGCAAGGCGUAGCCCGUCAGGCGGCCGGCGAAGCGGCCGAGGGCGGAGCUGGGGUCGAGCAUGGAGUCACGUACCAUGCGGAACCUAUCCAGUGCUCAAGUGCUCAAG